AUGGUCUGCGUUCCUUCGAUCGUAAACCGCACAGUUCGAUUCGUGUUCAAAUUAUUUUUCAUGAAACAAAAAGCCCCGGCGAUUUCCAACAAUUAUGUCAGCCCACAGGAGCUGCAGUUCUGCCUGACAUUGUCAUGCGCCGAUGGUGUGGCGCCCCACGCUUACAUGAUGGACCCUCUGCCCGGCCUCUGUAGGAGCGAGAGCGCCGGCGGCCGUGCGGGCGCGUACCUGCCGGCGGGGGGAGAGUUCGGCUGCGCGGUGGGCCGCUGCCCCCUGCUCCCCGGCCUGUCCAAGCGAGACGAGGUCGGCAGCCUGGCCGGCCCUUACCCCUACCACCCACGGCUCCAGGGCUGGUCUGACGUCGCCCGGGGCUACCGGGUCGACCAACCUGUUGUCAGGUCGCUCAAACCCUGCUCGUUCCCCGCCCCCGCCGCCGCCGCCGCUAAGGAGGAGAGCGUGCGCUGCACUUACGCCGGUCCGGAAGGCGCGGGCAAGCGGGCGGCGGAUGGCGCGCUCUUCCGCCGCCCGACGCCAGACCCCGCGCCCGCCGACGGCGAAAUCCCGGUGCCCGGUUACUUCCGAGUCAGCCCAGGUUACAGGGCGGCCGGCCCGGCCGCUCUCCCGCCCCCCUGCCGAGCGGACGGCCGCCACGGUCCCGCCUUCCAGCCGGCGUCCAGCCUUGGCGUUGAUGCCCUACCGGAGCGGAGCAGCGCCGCGGGAGGCCGGUCGGGAAGCGGCGGCCCCUCGGAGGCUUUGACAGACCACCGCCAGCCCGGUAAGGGCCAGACCGGCGGCUCGCAAGACCCCGCCGAGGACUGCGGCGGCGGCGGCGGCGGCGGCGGCGCCUCCUCCUCCCGGUGUCUGGGAGCCGAGCCGGCGAGAGCGGCGGCGGCGGCAGCGGCGGCGGCGGAUCCGGAGACACCGGGUGCCGGUGAACAGACGGCGGCGGUGAUUACCGAAGAACUAGAACUGGCUUCGGAAACCUCAGAUAAUGAACUUAAAGGGAAGAUCAAGGCCGAGGGCGAGAGCGGCAACUGGCUGACGGCCAAGAGCGGCCGGAAGAAGCGUUGCCCCUACACCAAGCACCAGACGCUGGAGCUGGAGAAGGAGUUCCUCUUCAACAUGUACCUGACCCGCGAGCGCCGCCUGGAGAUCAGCAGGAGCAUCGACCUGACCGACCGACAGGUCAAAAUCUGGUUCCAAAACCGACGCAUGAAAUUGAAGAAACUGAGCCGCGAGAGCCGCGUCAGGAGAGGCAACACUGGACACACA